AUGAAUCUAACUGCAUCAAGGGACACCAAUUUGACCCUUCAGAGGUACAUUUACCCCUUCACUCAACAUAUUAUAGAAACUUACUAUCAAGAACAGGAUCAAGAUCAAGACCAAGGGGCAAAAGAGAAUGAUGACACCCAACGACAGCAGCAUCAAGAACAACAACAACUACAAUUACAACUACAACAAUUGCCCCCAAAAAGAGAAUCAUUAGAUAACAGUGACACAGAGGUAGAAGUAGAAGUAGAAAUAGAAAAUGAAGAGCCAGAUUAUUAUAAAAACAUUGUCGUCAGUAACACAGAGAACUCAAAUGAAAAUAUGUACAACUUAUUAAUGGCACGAUGUAAAUCAUUUAUUUAUACCUUAUUCAAAGCAGAUUAUCAACGAUCAUUAUUAAUAGAUAAAACACUUUUAGAAAAGCAAACCGCUACAUCUUAUUCAGAUUGGAAAAAUACAUGCCUAAAAUUAGAUGAUUUAACUAACAAAAAUGAAUGGAAAGAAACUAAAGAAUCCACUUUGUAUGAUUUUAAAUUGAUUGAAAAUUUAACUACAGAUAUGAAAUUAAACCGUUUAUCUAAAAAUUACUCUCAAUUAUUAUACUUAAUUAGAAUAAAUUGGGUUAGAAAUAUUGGGAACAUUGGGAAUGUCAAUUUAUAUAGACAUUCUCACAUUGGUACGAAAUAUUUAAUUGAUGAAUAUUUAAAGGAAUCAAGAUUAUCAUUAGAAACUUUAUUAGAAUCAGAUUGUGAUUUGGAAGAUGAUUACCUUUUGGGAAUCUUACAACAAACUAGAAGAAAUAUCGGUAGAACUGCAUUGGUCCUAUCAGGUGGAGGUACUUUUGGUUUAUUCCAUAUUGGAGUCUUAACUACAUUAUUCGAAUUAGAUCUUUUACCAAGAGUCAUAAGUGGUAGUAGUGCAGGCGCUAUAGUGGCAAGUAUCCUUACCACUCAUCAUAAAGAGGAAAUCCCAGAUUUAUUAAAUCAUGUAGUGGAAAAUGAAUUCAAUAUUUUCCAAGAUGAUAAAAGGAAAAGUGAAAGUGAAAAUUUAUUAAUAAAAAUUUCAAGAUUUUUCAAAAAUGGGACAUGGUUUAAUAACCAGCACCUAAUAAAUACAAUGAUCGAUUUCCUUGGUGAUUUAACAUUUAGAGAAGCUUAUAAUAGAACGGGGAAAAUUCUAAAUAUUACAGUAUCUCCUGCAUCUUUAUUCGAACAACCAAGAUUAUUAAAUAGUUUAACAGCACCAAAUGUUCUAAUUUGGUCCGCUGUAUGUGCUUCAUGUUCAUUACCUGGUAUUUUCCCAUCAAGUCCUCUUUAUGAAAAGGAUUUGAAAACAGGUGAAAAAAAGGAAUGGUCAGGUAGUUCAUCAGUGAAAUUUGUGGAUGGUUCUGUAGAUAAUGAUUUACCCAUAUCAAGACUUUCAGAAAUGUUUAACGUAGAUCAUAUCAUUGCAUGUCAAGUUAACGUCCAUGUGGUACCAUUUUUGAAAUUAUCAGUAUCAUGUGUUGGUGGAGAAAUUGAAGAUGAAUUUAGUGCAAGAUUGAAACAAAAUUUAUCUAAAAUAUAUGGAUUCAUGUCAAAUGAAAUUAUUCACUUAUUAGAAAUGGGGAGUGAAAUUGGAUUAGCGAAAAAUCCAUUAACUAAAUUUAGAUCCGUUUUAUCUCAACAAUAUUCAGGUGAUAUAACUAUAUUACCAGAUUUGAAUUUCUUAUUAAGAAUUAAUGAAUUAUUAUCAAAUCCAACUAGACCAUUUUUAUUACGUGAAAUUACUAACGGUGCAAAGGCAACAUGGCCAAAAAUUUCCAUCAUUGAAAAUCAUUGUCUUCAAGAAUUUGCUUUAGAUAAAGCGAUCUCAUACUUAAAGGGAAGAAUUAUAGUAUCAUCAUCAAUUAAAAAUCCAUUACAAUUUGCAGAUAUCCCAGUUGGUUUAAUUAAAGCAAAUAUCAUCUCAAAAGAACGUAUGGUUCAAAAUGGUGUUAUUAUUAACGAUAAUGAUACUCCAACUACCAUCGACGCAUUAAAUCAAUUAGGAAAUGAAAAAAUAACAACAACCUUAAAUGAUACAAAUUCAAAUUCAAAUUCAACUUCAAAUUCAAAUCUGAAUGAUAAUUAUUCUAAUGUAUUAGAUGAUAACUUGAUUGAAUCAGAAUCUGCAAAAUCUUUAUCAUUACUAUCUGAUCAUAUACAAGGCAGUGGACACCACAAUCAUAAUAAAAGAAAUAACAAUAAGAACCACAACAAUAGUGAUGAUACUACUGAUGCUAAUGGUGAUGAUGUUGACGUCGAUAUCGAAGAUGUCCGAGAUAUCGAUGAUUAUAAUCGUGAAACAUCCACUGAAGAACAUUUUUUAAAUUCUUCACCCACAUAUCCAUUAUUUCAAAGAAGAUCAGGAUUAUCAUUAACUCAUAGACGUAGACAAUCAGAUACUGGAGUAAAUCAUAAUAAUAAUAAAAGACAUAAUCUUAAAUCAUUAUCAUUAUCAGCAGCAUCUCCAGGUUCUAUAUUUACAAACAGAUACACAAACAGAUAUAAUCCUGUCUUAAAAAAAGGUAAUACAGGUCACUUAUUUUUCCCUGGACAAGCAACUCAAGAUUCACCAAGAACACGUAACAUAACAAGUAGUAGUAGCAGUAGUUCACAUACUCGAAAAAAUCAGUUACCAUUAUUGUCACCAGCUGAAUCCGCAUCUAUCUCUGUAUCAAAGGCAAUGGAUGAUUAUCGUAUUGAAUCAGCACCGAUGGCAACAACAAAUGAAGUCACUACUCUAAUGCCCAACGUGAAAUUUAUUGAUCCAUUAAUAACUUCACCAAGCUACAAUAAAAGAAGAUAUCAAAAUAUGCCAUUGCAUAAUCAUCAUCAUUACGUGAAGAAAAAUGGGAAAUAUAAUCUGGUCAAACAUUCUUUCGAAAACAAUAACAACAACAUCACCAAUAAUAAUAAUAAUAAUAAUAAUAACAAAAGUAAUAGUAAAUUAUUGAAAGAGAAGUUAAAUAAUCAAGAUCCUGAUAACUCUAGACGGAAUAGUGCUGAUGGACGAUUAGACCAAACAUCAGGAGAAAGUAAUAAAAAUACGGUUAGACACUUUCAACCAGAACUAAGAAGGAACAAUAGUGAAUAUUCUAGUACGAGAAGAAGAUCAAUUACUUCCAGCGUAUCACCCGAUGAUUCCUCAUCAAGUUAA